AUGACUCGCCAGAUCCAACACGUCGCGGUCAUCGGGGCCGGCAUCAGCGGCGUCACGUCUGCUGGCCAUCUUCUGGCUGCGGGUAUUCAUGUCACGGUCUUCGAACGGAAUCAUGCCGCGGGGGGUGUGUGGCUCUACGAUGAACGUAAGCCACUUGAACCACUCUAUCCGGCGAUGAAGCCUUCCAUAUCUGAGAGACACCGGGAGUGUGAGCGACCUGAUGAGAGCGUGCUGUCAUUGGAGCAUGCCCCGCCUGGGCCUUGCUACGUCGGCCUCAAGAACAAUGUUGAGACGACGUUGAUGCGGGUGAAGCUCAAUGCCUGGCCUGAGGGAACACCUGAGUUCGUAAGCCAUACGGUCAUGAAGGCGUAUAUCCAGGACACGUCUAGAAGGGCUGGAGCUGAUGGCGUCACUAUCUAUGGUACGCGGGUUACCAGGGUCUCGAAGGAUGGGCAUAAGUGGCAUGUGACCUGGUCGACACUUCAGAAAGAUGAAGAUUCAGGGUCCUUGAAGGAAAAGGAACAGACGGCGGCAUUCGAUGCGGUCAUCGUUGCUUCUGGGCACUAUCAUGCGCCUCGCGUGCCGGAUAUCCCGGGGUUGCCGGAGACGAAGACCAGAUGGCCAACGCGGGUUAUCCACUCAAAAGGCUAUAGGAGGCCUGACGUAUACAAGGACAAGAAUGUCCUACUCAUCGGCGGAGGAGUAUCAUCCACCGAUGUUGCAAAAGAGAUCGGUCCGGUCGCUAAAAGGGUCUGCCAAAGCACCCGAAACGGUCUAUUUGAUUUGCCGUCCAGCGUCCUGCCUGAGAACGGCAUACGCAUCGGCGAGGUGGAUAGCUUCGAGAUCACCAGCAAAGAUAGUACCUUAUCCGAUAACCAAGCACUCCCGUUGACUAUUCAUCUCAAGUCCGGGCAGAAGCUCUGCGAGAUCGAUGAUGUGAUCAUCUGCACCGGAUAUCAUAUCACCUUGCCAUUCUUGUCAGAGUUUCACGAUGACGCAACGCCCGCAGACAAGGCCGAUGAGACGGUUCUCGUCACCGACGGAACGCAAGUGCACAACCUGCACAAGGAUAUCUUCUACAUUCCCGACCCCACUCUCGCUUUCGUGGGGGUGCCUUACUACACUGCGACGUUCACGCUGUUUGAGUUCCAGGCAAUAGUCGUUGCGAACGUGUUCGCUGGGAUUGCGGAGGUUCCAUCUGAGGAUGAGAUGAAAAGGGAAUAUGCCGAGAAGAUCGAGACGAAGGGCAGCGGCAAGACCUUUCACUCGCUCAAGGACGCUGAGGAGGCGUACGUUGAUAAUCUGAUGGAUUGGAUCAAUCGGUACAGAGAACGGCGUGGGUUACCUACGAUAGAUGGGCACAGCGAGACCUGGCAUGCGGCCAAGGCGAUCCAGCGAGAGCGAGUCAAGGGGUUAAUUGGGGGUAGUAGUUCGAGGCGAGAUAGUGGCGUUGGCGAGCAAUUACAGAACUGGAUUUGA